UACGCUUCACCAGCGCUGCACGAUGGGUGGAAUUAAGGAGCUAACGAUUCUUAUUUUAUCUUUCCUGUACGUGACAUUUGUGAAUGGUACUGAUGAUAUUUUGGUAGGCUGCGGGGGCUUUGUUAAGUCAGAUGUGGAAAUUAACUACUCUGUCAUUGAGAUCAAACUUUACACUAAACAGGGCUCUCUGAAAUAUCAGACUGACUGUGCACCAAUCAAUGGUUACUUCAUGAUCCCUCUCUAUGACAAGGGUGAUUUUGUUAUAAAGAUAGAACCACCAUCAGGAUGGAGCUUUUAGCCAACAACUGUGGACCUGCAUGUGGAUGGAAUUACAGACAUCUGCACUAAAGAACAAGAUAUCAACUUUGUUUUUACCGGUUCGGUCCUCGGAACUAUAUUAAGUAAAGGGCAUUUGUUGGGACCUGCAGGGGUUGAAGUAAGUUUGAGAAAAGCAGGAGAAGCUGAUGUCCUUCAAAGUGUCCUCACACAAGCUGGAGGCCAGUAUACUUUCCUCAAGGUGCUUCCGGGAAGUUAUGACAUCACCGCCACUCACGCCUCAUGGACCCUUGAGCAGAGCUCAACUGCUGUGGUUGUGUCAAGAAAAACGCCCCCCGCAGCUCCUCUUGUGGUAAAGGGUUACGAUGUCUCUGGAGAGGUGCAGAGUGACAGUGAACCCAUGAAAGGAGUCGGCUUCCUCCUUUACUCUGCCAGCGUAACACAGGAGGAUAUCAGUGGCUGCAGUGUGGCCCCUGUGGAUGGAGCUGUAGUCAUAGUGACCGCGCUUGUGUUUUUGUGCAGUUCCCAGUCUCGUGAGGAUGGUACUUUCUUUCCCUGCCUUCCCAGUGGCGAAUAUACAGUGGUCCCAUAUUACAGAGGGGAGAGAAUCACAUUCGAUGUUGCUCCUUCUCGCAUGGAUUUCAAAGUAGAACACAGCAGUUUAACGUUGGAGCCAAUAUUUCGUGUCAUGGGAUUCUCUGUGAUGGGCAGAGUUCUGAAUAGCCCCAAUGGAGAAGGUGUCGCAGAUGCUGUAGUAACACUUAACAACCAAAUUACAGUGGAAACUAAAGACGAUGGUUCUCUCAGAUUGGAAAAUAUGACCACAGGCACUUAUACUAUUAACACGCACAAGGAGCUGAUGUUUGAGCCAGUCACUGUGAAGAUUGCUCCCAGCACCCCUCAGCUGCCAGACAUCAUCACUGCAGGGUGAGUAUCGCAGUGUGGUCACAUCUCAGUCACCUGCCUUCCUGAAACCGUUAAACAGCUUGGGCACUACAGAGUUAGUCUCGAUCAGAGACAGGAUCAGGGCUUUUUCCGUACUGUUGAAAGUGACAGCCACGGAGUGUUCUGCUCUGUUAAACCAGGAGACUACAGCGUGCUCAGUGAUUUGCACAUUCAUUUAGAUGUUUUGUUUUAUACAGGUGACCCUCCUGAAAGUGAUGUGAAGGCUGGACUUGCUCUUCAGCCGCACUUCUCGAUAUCUCACUUGUGGAUCGUCCCUAUUACUGACCUUGUCUUCACUCAGUUCAUAGCAUCUGUUUCUGGCUCUGUGUCCUGUCUUGUGGCAUGUGGAGAUCUGACAGUCACCCUUCAGCCUGUGAGCAGACAAGGAGACAGGCAAAACCUCCAGUUGUCUGGCAGCAGUGAAACUCUCAGCUUCACUUUCAAUAACGUGUUACCCGGAAAGUACAAAGUGUCUAUCACCCAAGAGGAGUGGUGCUGGAAGCAGAAGUCAGUAGAGAUCGAUGUACUUGACUCAAAUGCGGAGGGAGUGGAGUUCAGACAAACUGGAUACUUGCUUCGCUGCUCACUGUCCCAUGCUAUAACCCUGGAUUUUUCUGAAGAUGGCAGCUCACCAGAGAACGUUGGCAUUUACAAUCUGUCCAAAGGAGUCAAUCGCUUUCUGCUUUUAAUCGAAGGUGUUUAUAAAGUGACUCCACGCUCCUGUCACCAAUUCGAACAAGAUUACUACACCUACAACACGUCUGCCCCAAGCAUCUUAACCCUAACUGCUGUGAGACACCACAUGACAGGACUUAUCACCACUGAUAAGAUGCUGGAUGUCACUGUCACCAUCAAAUCUUCCAUUGAGAGUGAGCCUGCUUUGGUUCUGGGGCCCCUGCGCUCAAAUGAGGAGCAGCUGGAGCAGCAGCUUCUGGAAAUAGCUUCCCGUAAGAAGGAGAGGGAAGAAAGAGGAGAAGAACAGCCCCCUGUGGAAGAGAAACCGGAUGAACUCCAUGAGCCUUUCCACUAUGAAUUCUCAUACUGGGCACGGUAUGGGGAGAAGAUCACAGUCACACCUUCAUCCAAAGAAUUUCUGUUUUACCCUCCUGAAGUAGAGGCUACAAUCACUGGAGAACUGCCCGGUCAGAUGGUGGAGAUCGCAGGCGCAGCAGGACUGUUCCUCACGGGGAGUGUGUCACCUACACUGGAGGGUGUGGAAAUCUCCAUUAAGGAGAAAGGAGCCGCAAACCCUCUCAUUACAGUCCUCACCGAUGAAGCCGGAACCUACAGGUCAGUGUGGACCCUACAUAGUGACUCUCUGUAUGACAUCAGUGCCAGUAAAGAGGGCUUUGUCCUGACUGCAGUGGAGGGAAGCACAGGAGACUUCAAGGUUGCCCUCGCAGGAGUCACUUUUGAGGUCAGCAGCAGAUGGAUGUGUCCUCUCUCUGGGGUUCUGCUGUCUCUCAGGGGCCACUUCCGCUCAAACAUGCUCACUCAAGACACUGGCCUUCUCACCUUCAACAACCUGAGUCCUGGCCAGUACUAUUUCAAGCCCAUGAUGAAGGAGUUCCGCUGGAGCUCAGCACAAAUGAUUACAGUAGAAGAAGGACAGGUCCUCCAUAUUCCCAUCGCUGGCUUCAAAACAGCUUAUAGCUGCUAUGGAACAGUGCAGUUAGGAGGCGAUGCGAGCAGGGGUCGCCAGGAGGCAGUGGGCAAAGAGUGUGGCAUGUACAGUGAGGACACGGUCACUGAUGAAGAGGGACGCUUUAGACUCAGAGGCUUUCUGCCAGCCUGUAACUACAACAUUCAGCUGAGAGGAGAAGGAAACGAUCACAUCGAGAGAGCUUACCGCCACCAAACCAUUGACGUGGGAAACACCGAUAUUGAAGGAGUAAACAUAAUCGCCUUCAGACAGAUCAACCAGUUUGACCUGAGUGGAAAUGUCAUCACUUCUCCUGAGCCUCCGACUCUCUGGGUGAAGCUCUACAAGAGUGACAACCUCACAAUCCCUUCCAGAGCGUGUCUCUUGGCCAGUCCCUUGUUCUUCCACUUUUCCUGCCACGUGAUGGAGAGCUAUGUCUUGAUGCUACACACGCCACUCUCUCGCUCCCAGUAUGACUUCAAACUCCCACAAGCUGUCACGCCUUCUGCUUACCACAAACAUGUAACACUAACCUUUAACCCCAAGAGGAAAAUACCAGAUCAGGAUGUUGCCCAGGAUCUUUCUAUCGCCUCUACCGCCACAUUACUUCUAUUGCUUGCCGCCUAUAAUCACGAGCGGGUGAUCCCACUGCUUCUGCAGCUGGUCAGCCAGACAGGAGUUCGAGGACUUGCUCAGGCCGGCGGGGAAGGAAUCUCAGUGGACAGAAGCCAAACGCCACAAAAAAGGCCAAAAACAAGACGUACAUGA